GUGUACGGGCCGAGGCAGUCCCCGUCCCCGGCCCCCACACAGGCAUAGCUUCCUUCAUGUCAUGCUAAAGUUUGGUGUCCGUGUACUGGCUAUAGUGGGUUACCAGGUAAGAGGCAACAGAAUUUAUCUCCUCCCGGCUGGCUUCAAUACUUCCUUGCUAAGUCUGAAGCUUUUAUCAUCAAAGUCGCCCUCACUACAGAUUCAGCAAAGGUGUGCUUCUUUCUUGGGUGUAGCAAGCAAGAGUAUAGUGCCAAAGUUGACAAUGGAGUACCCGAAAGUGUGCCGUGGGGACACUGUAGAGGAGAUCCAUGGAGUUAAGGUACCUGAUCCUUACCGAUGGCUGGAAGAUCCGGACUCAGAGGAAACCAAGGUAUUUGUGGAAGAGCAGAAUGCCAUAACAAUGCCAUAUCUAGAGAAAUGCAGCAUUAGAGAGAGUAUGAAGGCAAAGCUAACAGAGCUGUGGGAUUACCCUAAGUACUCCUGCCCAUUCCGUAGAGGAAACAGAUAUUUCUUCUUUAUGAAUACUGGACUACAGAACCAAAGUGUGAUGUAUGUCCAGGACUCGCUGGACGGAGAACCACGGGUAUUUCUCGACCCAAACAAGCUGUCAGAAGACGGCACUGUAGCUAUAUCGGGUUCAGCCUUUAGUGAGGAUGGAGAAAUCUAUGCCUAUGGCCUCAGCAGCAGUGGUUCUGACUGGAUAACUGUACAUUUUAAGAAGGUGUCAACUAGUGAGGACUUCCCGGAGGUGUUGGAGAAAGUCAAGUUUUCCAGUUUAUCUUGGACCCAUGAUCACAAGGGGAUUUUUUAUGGGAGAUAUAUUGAUCAUGAGGGCACUGCUGACGGGACGGAGACUUCAAGUAACGAGAAUCAGAAGCUGUUCUAUCAUCUUGUUGGGACGCCACAGAGCGAAGAUGUUCUGGUCGUGGAGUUUCCCGAACACCCCAAAUGGCGCAUCCCCGCUCGUGUAUCUGACUGUGGGCGCUUCCUUAUUUUGAGUCCCUUGGAGCUGGGUCACCACGACCACCUGUACAUUGCCCUGCUCCCUUGGCUCUGGGGCCAGGAAAUUAGUGGCAUACUGGAGCUCCUCACCAUCAUAUCAUGCUCCACGGGCAAACUGUGUGGUAGUGCUCGAAGGAGAAAGCCUUUCAUGGCUAAGAAUAACGUGAUUCAGGAGGAGAUAUGUACUCAGUACGUUACAAAUGAUGGAGCAGUGUGCAUUUUCCGAACUAACAAAGGAGCGCCCAAUUACCGUCUGGUGAAGAUCGACCUUAGUGACCCAGUCUCUGAGAAGUGGGUAACUCUCGUACCCGAACACAAGAAGGAUGUGUUGGAUUGGGCGGCUUGUGUUCACGGCAGUAAAUUGGUCAUCUGCUAUAUAUCUGAUGUCAAGAGUGUUUUGCAACUGCACAGUUUGGAGACAGGUGAACACCUCACCACCCUUCCAUUGGACAUUGGUACAGUGAGUGGGUACUCAGGGAAGCGCACCCACUCAGAGAUGUUCUACCAGUUCACAUCUUUCCUCUCUCCGGGAGUAAUUUACCAUCUUGAUCUUACUCAAGAACCUCUCAAACCCAAGAUUUUCCGGGAAAUCAAAAUUGAAGGAUUUGAUCCAGAGCAGUUUGAGAUGCGGCAAGUGUUUUUCUCAAGCAAAGACGGUACAAAGGUCCCCAUGUUUGUAGUGCACUCUAAUGGCUUGAAGCUUGAUGGAAUGGCUCCUACCUUGCUCUAUGGUUAUGGUGGCUUCAAUAUCAGCAUCCAGCCUUAUUUUAGCAUCUCCAGAGUCAUAUUCUUACAGAUGUUUAAAGGUGUCAUUGCUGUUCCAAACAUCAGAGGUGGAGGUGAGUAUGGAGAGGCUUGGCAUAAUUCUGGACGGUUACUCAACAAGCAGAAUGUGUUUGAUGAUUUCCAAGCAGCCGCAGAGUUCUUAAUCAGUGAGAGAUACACAUCCAGUAACAGAAUCAUCAUUCAGGGUGGCUCAAACGGUGGACUACUAGUGGGAGCCUGUAUGAACCAACGACCAGAGCUGUUUGGAGCCGUCAUUGCUCAAGUUGGGGUGAUGGACAUGUUGCGAUUCCACAAGUUCACCAUUGGUUAUGCUUGGUGCUCAGAUUAUGGCAACCCAGAUGAGAAGGAGCAUUUUGAGAACAUUUUCAAGUACUCGCCUCUACAAAAUGUAAAGGUCCCACCCGAAGGUACUCAGUAUCCUGCAACUCUGCUGCUAACGGCAGACCAUGAUGAUCGAGUGGUACCAUUGCACUCCUUCAAACUGAUCUCGGAGUUGCAAUACAAGCUUGGUAACAACCACACACAGACAAACCCUCUCUUAAUUCGAAUUGAAACAAAAGCUGGGCAUGGAGGAGGAAAACCCACAGCAAAGAUUAUUGAGGAACACACGGACAUCUACUGCUUCAUCAUGCAGGCCCUCAGUUUAGAGGCAUCAUCAUGACUGAACCUUUGUAGUGACCCCAGUUGUACCUCGGUAACACUUCAUUGUACAAGAUAUCAACCAUAGCUCCAAAAUCUGUACCUUCUGUGACCUUUCUUUAUAUAAACUUGAUAAUACUUGAUACUUACAUUUUGAUGCCAAAGAUUGUAGAAAGAAAAUCUCACUUUCAUUUAGACGACAAUAAAUCACACAAGAAUUUUCUAAGACGCCCAUUGUGUCUUACAUCCUGAUUAUUUACAGUAGUUCUUUAUGCUUGUUAUCAAAAAUAUGUUGACAUGUAAAUUUAAACAAUACAUUAAAUAUGCUGCUUUGA